AUGAAUCAGAGCAGAACUGGGUUCUCAACCCUGGCCAAAAGCUGGGGCACUUUUAGAAAUCCUAAAGCCCAGAGCUGCGGGGCGGAGGCGGCGGAGAGGCCGGCGGCAGGGAGCGGCGGGCCGGGAGCGGGCGCUGGAGCCGAGCCGAGCCGGAGUGGGAGGCGCAGGCCGGCGCGGCGAGCAGCCACCGUGUCGGUGUUCGGGAAACUGUUCGGGGCAGGAGGGGGCAAGGCUGGCAAGGGCGGCCCGACCCCUCAGGAUGCCAUCCAGCGGCUGCGGGACACGGAAGAGAUGCUAAGUAAGAAGCAGGAAUUCCUGGAGACUAAGAUGGAGCAGGAGCUGACCGCUGCCAAGAAGCACGGCACCCAAAACAAGCGCGCGGCCCUCCAGGCCCUGAAGCACAAGAAGAGGUAUGAAAAACAGCUAGCGCAGAUCGACGGCACGCUGUCAACCAUCGAGUUUCAGCGGGAGGCCCUGGAGAACACCAAUACCAACACUGAGGUGCUCAAGAACAUGGGCUAUGCUGCUAAGGCAUACGACACGGACAUCGAUGAAGUUGAUGAAUUAAUGCAGGACAUUGCUGACCAGCAAGAACUUGCAGAGGAGAUUUCAACAGCUAUUUCAAAACCUGUAGGAUUUGGAGAAGAGUUUGAUGAGGAUGAGCUCAUGGCAGAAUUAGAAGAACUAGAACAGGAGGAACUAGACAAGAAUUUGCUGGAAAUCAGUGGACCCGAAACAGUCCCUCUACCAAAUGUUCCCUCUAUAACCUUACCAUCAAAACCCACCAAGAAGAAGGAAAAGGAAGAGGAUGACAUGAAGGAAUUGGAGAAUUGGGCUGGAUCCAUGUAAAUGGUGCAGUGUGGGCUGG